AUGACUGCCCUCGUCGUGUUCUUGACGCCCUACCCCGCCUUCUCUCCCGCGGCGGCGGCCCAGCUCCCUGUUCGGACACUUCCACGCUUCCCGCCGCCCGCGAUGGACGCGCUCGAGCUUUCAAAGCAUCAGAUCCAGCGUGACCUCCGCCAGCCAGCAGCACCGGCCGACCUGAUGCGAGCGCAGGCGCAGGCCAUCACCACGAGCGUCGGCGAGCUGACGGGUCUGCUCCGCGAGGCGGGCGACGACGCAGCCGCGCUCGACACUGCCGAGCUCGACCGCCGGCUCGCGACGCAGCUGCCGCUGCUGAUGCGGCCCGAGUUUCCGGGCCUGAUGCGGCAGGCGCUCGGGCAGGUGACGACGCCAGUGCAGCAGCGCGCUCUGCUCGAGCUGAACCAGUACGUCAUCGGCGCCGUCGAGCAGCUCGCCGACAGCGCCGUCGACCUGCAGUGGCAGCAGCUCAACAAGCUUCGCGAGCUGUGCGAUGCUGCGGUGGACGGCGGCAGCGAGAUGCUCAAGGCGGGCUGCGCGGGCGCGGCUGCGCGCGCGGGGCAUCCAGCCCCUCGAGGAGGACCGGAGGCGGCGCUCGCCGAGGCGGGCCGUGCCGCCGCCGCCCGCAAGGCGUCCGAGGCUGAGGUCGAGGGCGGAGGCGGCGGCGGAGCGGCGGGCAGCGGCGGUGUGGAGGGGCAGCAGUGGCUGCUGGUGCUGCGGCUGGUGAAGCAGGGUGUGUACUCGAUGCUGGCGAGGGAGCGCGACGACGACAUCAAGCAGGUGCGGUACAUUUGCUCGCUGGCGUCGCCGGCUUCGCGGCGGGAGCUAACGCUCAAGGUCUUGGACGAGCUUCAGCCGGCAGAGCGGAUCGCCUUCGUCGAGACGGUGCGGCGCAUCGCCGACGGCAUCGUGGGCCAGCCGGGCACUAGUGGGCAGGACGCAGAGCUGCGCGACAAGGUGGAGGAGAUCCGCGCUGUCAUCGAGCACGCCGAGUGACAAGAGGGUGGCUUGUCUGGAGUGUGCGGUGACCGGUGUGUGCGAGAGUAACGCCGUUAAACGACGUGUACGUGAACGUGUAUAUGUGUGGCUGUGGGCGUGUGGGGUGGUGUGCGCCGCAUGCGCGAGCAGGAUCAAGCCGCACUCCAGUGCUCUCGACAGACUCUCUCGUUCGUCGAUGCGCUCUCAAAUUCGUUUUCAGCGUUC